GGCCUUAAAUUAACACACAGAAUAGCGCGUCAUGGACGUAUAAAUAGUGGGUUUUACGGGGCAAGAGAACUUUAAAGGAAUCUUCGCUGGAGUGGAACAUAACACAAGGGUGGUGGCGUAAAUCGAUGAGUGAAACAGAAGACAUGAGCUUGAAUGAAAUCUCGAAAAAUUCGGCUUUCUCUAUACCAGCAUCUAGCAUUCGGUAUACUUCGCUAAGCGAGGAUGAUAGUGCAGAAGUACGACCCGCUACGAAAUUCGCCAUGGUUCCCACACCUGUUUUAGGUCAAACACGGCGACGGAGGGCAGUGAGUACUGCGAAGCAAAAAGAGCCGGCUGUAGUAGCGAGAAGAAAUGCCAGAGAGAGAAAACGAGUGAAACUGGUCAACGACGGCUUCAUGAGGCUAAGAAAACAUGUUCCAACUGAUCCUAAGAAUAAGAAAUUAUCCAAAGUUAAGACACUUCGCAGUGCAAUUGAAUAUAUCCGUCAUCUUCAGCAUCUGCUCGGUCAAGCGAAUAAACACCAGAUCCCCAGUGAUUCAGACCUCGUUACAGCUGCCUCGGCAUCGGCGGAAUGGAUCACCACCGAAUUCAAGCGCGAAGGGGAGUUCAAAAGCGAAUUUGGAAAACCUGUGUUUUCUUUCGGACAGCAGAGAUCGUGAAGCUCUAAUUCGACUCAUGACAGUUCGUAUUGAGCGAUAUAACAAUGCGCAAAAAUAGGGCGCCUUCCGCACGAGAAGAGGCGUCCGUGGAGACUUCCACGAUCAACGUGGACUCCCACCUUGUGUUUGAAAUGGUCGGAAAUGGGAAUAACGAAGAAAGAAGGGUUGAAUGCGGCAGUGGAUUUUAUUCAAAGUGGAGGAGAUACAAGAAUAGGCAAUGUUAUCGCGCAAGACCAUCUCCCGCUGUUUGUUACUACAGACCGAGUGGUUAUAUUGCCAGCAUAAAAAUAAAGUGCCUAGUAUGGAACUUUACAAAAUAUAUUGAAACGAAGAAGAUAUAUAGUUUAGAAAUACUAACAUUCUUUCAUAAAUAUGUAUAAAAUAUCCAUAUAUAGUUUGAAACUAUUUAAAUGAGGUUCUGCCAAAAUUAUUGUACACACGUUUUGACUAAAAAAGGAAAAUGAGAAACCCAAAGGUUUUGUAGUAAACACAAAUAAAUUGAUUGAACUUGUUUUUUUUCUGGGUAUUGGACUUUCUUUGGCGGCUUACGGAAAUCCGGCAAAUUUCUGAGUGACAGCAAUUUUCCGGCUAAAAAACUGUUCAAAUCGCACAAUAGGCCUUGAAUGCAAACGUAAAAACGUCUAUUGUAAUCUCAAAAAAAUGGGAAAUCCUCAUACUCCUUAAUAGUUUAAAGAAAAUUCUGAGAUGUGUUUUAUAGUAUAUUUUUCAAUAAAACAUUCAUUCAAA